AUGGAGAAUGAAACGCAACGAUCUUUGUCUAAGAGACUCGGAAUAACAACUUUAGAUGUCUUGAAGAAAGCAGCUGAGCUGGAGCGAUUGAUGAAUGUUCGUGGUUGCUCUAUGAAUUUAACAAGUGUUUCUAAAUCUGUAAUCUGUCUCGAGAUCGCAGCGAAUAAUUCACAAGUUCCGAUGAAUAGGGUACUGUAGACAUUACAUUUUUUCUUAUUCAUCUGCCACGAAAAACAAAUGACAGUCACUUGCAACGAAGUGCAACUCAUUUUUUUCCCCUUCUAUCAGUUUAUGUACGGCUGUAUUGAUACGUAGUUUAUCUCAUUGUCUUGUCUCAUAAUUUUUGUGGAAAGCCUCUUCCAUAAAUUUUUGUCGAUCUACAAAACUGUUAAUUAUACAACAUAAAACUUUAAACUGGUCAAAGAUGAUGUUUGACUGUGUUCAAAUCCGAUUCUCCUGUCCGGCUGAGGGGGGUUAGCUGGGGAAAAAAGAGAUGAGUUGUUUGUACUGUUUGUGGUAAAACCUGAUUAGGGAAUGUAAAGAACAUGUGUACUCUGAGAGGGUGAUACAGAAAAAUGUGACUGUUUACUCUCAAUGUAUUUUGGAAACGUAUACCUGCUAUUAACUGAUACACAUCUGAGUAAGAUUUCUGCAUAGCACCAUACUAUUCUAUAACAAAGCCAUAGUCCCAAAGAUAAUCUGCUGUCUUUGCCAUCAUUUUAUUGAUCCAAGAACUGUAGGCAUAAUGAAGUAUGAAGCUGUGCAUAAAUCUUACUCUAGACAUGAAUUAUCAAAACUGAGGUCUGAGUUAUCUGCUGAAGCCAAAGGAAAAGGCAGAUAACAGACACAAGGGUUGAUUUUUCAUAUGAUUUUUCAUCAUGGGAAAAAAAAUUCAGUGAUUGUUUUAUUUUACAUCUUUAAUCAUGCAAAAUAUUACACUCCUCUCUAACAAGGGCCUAGAAUUUAGGCAGACUUUGAACUUGGAAUGAUAAGUGCAAUAUCUGCAACAGAUGUUGGGUUAUCAUGUCAACUUCACAUGCAGUUGUAUAUCAAUUAAAUGCUCUCAUGACCAAUCAGAUUUUUCAUGGUAAAUCAUAUGUACCAUAAUUCAGCUUGUCAUAGCCAUUAUUACAGGACAGGUAGUAUGUGUGCUAUGAUUGGAUAUUUCAGCAAGCUGUAUUUCACUGCACUUCCCUCCUAAUUCAAAGGUCUAGUUGCAUUGAUACAACUGUAUCUUCCCCCUUUAUUAGAACCUAGAAAUAUGAUAAAUAUCUAACUAGCUUCAUUUUUCCAGUCCAUAUUGUAUGUAACGGAACCUUGUUUUUCUUCUAUGAUCUGAGGCCUGUAUGCUUUUCUCUUGGGUCGUAUAUGUAUAUGCCAGCGGAAAAACUUAGUUCAUAACAAACAGUAUGGACCUUGAACCAAUGUUUAGUAACAGGUAUGUAGGUAGAUAAUGUGAAAAUCUCAACAAUUUUUCAGUAUCAGCUAAGUGCACUGUCUCACCCUUUUUAUUUUUGUUAUAGAAUGUUGCAAUUCAGCUUUCUGGAAUGACUAAGAAAGCUUAUAUCCAUGCCUUUAAAACAAUUGAGUGUCUGUUGGGAAAACAAAAGGAGUUUACUAUUAAAGAUCUUGCUGUACAAUUUGGUUGUAUGGAGGCUUCAGACCUGGCACAGCAAAUACACCAAAGGUGCAUUAUAAUACCUAGCCCUUUACAUCCCAUCAUCAGUUUGUAUACUGUCCAUACUGUUUUCUCUGCAUUUCUUAUGGUACUUUCAAGUAUUAUUUCUCUUACAAUGGAGAGCCUCUUGAAUCUAUGAUCAUUUCUGUUAUUCUCAUGACCUGAAUGUUAUUUUCCCCUAUUUUACCCUUGAUAUUGCAAAUUGACACCUGUGAGAGGAAAAUGUCUGUCUUUUGGGGACAAGGUUGUAAAAGGUUCAGAUCUCUUUAGCGAGGUCAUAAUGUUUUAUACAAAAUGUUAAGUUAAGGUUAUAUUUUAUUAUCAAUUCUUCUUUUCUUUGGAGACAAGAAAUUGGAUUGUAUCACUAAUCUGAUGUCACCUCCUUGUCACCCUCAAAAUGUUUUAAAAUACAAAAUGUUCAAGUUUACCUAAGAAAUAUUGAUUUGCUCAUUAAAAAUAUAAAUAAGGGUAUUAUUAGUUGAUCUUAUACCUAAUUCUUAGGACCAAUGUCAUAAGAAUUGUAUAGCAGACAGUAAGGAGAAUUACUAAAUGAAUGAAAUCUUGGAAAUUUAAGGAUAAAAAAGGGUAGGAAGGUAAUGGAAACUAAAGAGAGAGAGAGAGAGAGAGAGAGAGGGAGUAAGGGGAGACAGAUAGAGAAGUGAGGGGAUGGGUAGUUGGGAGAUACAGUUUAGAGGGGAGGAGAUGGGAGAUGAUGAAUAGCAGAUGAAGAAAUAGUAGAGAGGAGAUGGGUGGGUGGGAGAUACAGUUUAGGGGGAAGGGAAGGGAAGGGAGAUGAUGGAUAGGGGAUAAUGAAAAAGAACAGAAUUAGGAAAAGGGAGCUUUGGGUGAAAAGGUGAGAGUGCUGUCCUGUGAAACAAAUACAGGGUUCCCAGCUUUUCCAAAACCAUUUUUGAUUGUUAUGGGUUACAUGUAUUCUCUCAUUUACUUUCUUUACCUAACUGUUCAAUUUUUUCAUGAUUCUUUCAUAAUAUCUGGAGUAGUUCAUUGUCAGCUCAGUUUAUUUUGUAACAUUUCUUUGCUACCCUUGUGUUCCAUUACCUCCCAAGCUUCUAUUGUAAUUGCAAUUAUUGUUUUUGUAUAUAAAAGGCCAAGGUGGAAUUGAACCUGCAAUUCUCUUAUACCUAGUCUUACGUUAUCUUAGGUAUAAACAGGAGUUUGUAAAAGAAGUAGAAGAUAUGAGUCACCCAAUAUUUAAUGCAACUGCACUUUAUACAGCUUGCAGGUAUGUUUUGAAAAAGUUUGUUUUUGUGGUUUUUUUUUUGUCAACUAAAUAUGUAAUUCAAACUAUAACUCUAAUGACUCUUGCCUUAUAUUUUUUCAGGUAUAAGAAAAUCAAAAUAGACAAGACAAAGUUAUUGAGUGUGCUGGGGACCUGCAAAAGGUCAACAUUUGACAGUUUGUUCAAGAAGAUGGAGAAAAUACCAGACAUGCUUGAAGCCAGUGAGUAGCAGUACAGUUUAUAAUCAAGUGACAGUAGAGUGACAUGCACAUAAGUGAGUAGACUAAUUCUCACUCACACAUGCUGGUCUAAAUCACCCAUGCACAAAUAAAUUGAGAGCUUGCUUGACUGAGACUGGUAAUUGAAGAAUUUGCUAACAAGUGAAGGUAAUUCUUUAACUUCCAUGAGUGACCAAGACAGAAUUUUUUCCCCACAAAAUCAAUACAUGGUCAAGUGGAAAAGUGAUAAAAAUAAAGAAAAACAUCAAUAAGGAGAUGGUUAGUUGUCAAUACUAAAUUCUCCAAACAAAUAAAUUUGUCAACUUUCUUCAUUUGACAACCAUUUUUCUUAUUCUCCACAUUUGGAGUUUUUAACCCAUUACACCCUAACAUUAGUAUGCAUAUUCUUCACACUGUACUGAAAACAUUUCUAAGGGUGCAAAUAAGGAGAAUUUGUUUAAUAAUCAAGAGCUUUUUGUUGUUGAUGAUCAUUUCUCAUGACAAUAAUGUGUGAUUCAGGGGUGAAAUUGUACAGAGAGAUUAGAUGCUCAUCAGUCUCAGUGGGCAAAGGGUUGAUUUGCCUAUCCUGUUUUUAUCUAAUCUGGGAGAGGGGUGCAACUGAUUCCUCUGCUUGAUUUUUACACCAAGAAGGGUUUAAUUUUGUUUUUCUGAAGUGCCUGCCACAUCUUUCCUACUAUCCACCUCCCCCUCCAACCCAUUGUAGCUUCCCCCCUCACCUCAAAGGUUGGAUCUAUUACUUGGAAAGGUAUUUCUUUUAACUUCUAGUCCAUGGCUCAAAGCAUUGUUUUUGAAGCUGCAGAUCUGAACUAAAGUGGUUGGUUUUGUAAAGGUGUAGACCACUUAUAGUACAUAAUUUCUUAAUAGUACAUGGACCUUUUGUCUUUCCAGGCUCUUUCACCUUCCACCUCAGUAGGGAACCAGCUUCUUAUUUCUCACAUAAGUACCACUGCUGAACCAAACUUUAGGCUUGUGACAGUUAAAGAAAUAGUAAAAAACUAAAAAAGCUCUUGUUCUUAGCUAAACUAUCAUAGUCAGUGCCAUAGGAAAUGUAUAGAGACCAUUAUAGAGAAUUUUCAUGCUGGUGUUGCAGUGUGUAGGGUGAAAGAUCUUGGCAUAGUUGUAAAGUUCUUUGAAGAUCAUCAAAGAUUAAUGCAAGAUAGCCUUUGCAGUUUUUGAUGAGAGUAUUAAAAAAUCAUUACAGAUCUACUUUUGUUUAAAAUGAUGGCUUCCUCUAAGAAGAAAUAUGAAAAUCUGUCUUCUGGUUCCUGCUAUGACUGUUUGGAUGUUGUCCUACGGAGAUUAUCGCUCACUUCCUUAGAAAUUAUUUAUCUAAUUGGCAAAUCAUUUUUAAGAUUUGUAAGAAAUUGCAAAACAGAUAUAAAAUUUUGUAAGGGACUUUGUAAACAAUAGGGGUGUACAACCUGUGACCCUGUAAGUGAAUAAAAAAGGGAAUAGACUGAAAUUUUUUGUAGUUAUCUCUCAUAAUUUUUUGCUCUUGAUCUAGCUGAGAGUAAGAGGAAGACUUCCAAAAGAGGGUAUGGACUUCUGGACAGAGUGACUGAAAUAGUUGAAGGUUAGUGUAAUCUCUUAGUUCAUGAUCAUAAUCCAAAGAUUCAAAUGUGUGAUAUGUAUACAUCUGGAAUUAUCAUUUAUGUCCUUAUAAAGCUUCAAAACACCAAAAGAAAAACACAGGGCAAAAAGAGAUGUUGUAUAUAUGGUUUUACUGCUUAGUAUUUCUUUACUCUUAUAAAAAUUUAUAAUAAACUAGUGAAUUAAAAAAGUAAAAGGUGAUGAAGUAGAUAUGGGGUGGGGCUAAAGCAGAGUGGAGAACAAAUUACGCACGUAAAAUUGCAGUGAAAAAUAAAUAAUACAAUAGUUUAUUUGAGUACUACUAAUUUGCGAAUCGAGCACAAAUAUCCUGCGAUAUUUACACGGUUAUUCGGAUUGUUUGUUAUUUUGUUCUGUAAAAGACCUGUUUGACAGGUUGGCAACGCCUGCGUGAGUUGUUUCAAAGGAGGAAAAAAAAGAAAUCCCUAUAAAACAAGGCAGUUGGAUAGUAAAUAACUUUUGAGACACUUUUGGUGCGUGGCAUUGCUGAGUAUUAUUGCUAAUUAUUACUCUUUGUUUGUGUUCUGACUCGCCCUGCGGGCGGGUCAAAAUACUACACAGCUCGUAAAAAUACUCGGCGAUAUUGCACUAAACUGGGGUCUAAUAAUAUAAGUGUAUUUUGUUUCGUCCAUAUGGGACGUUCUUUUCCGUAGAUCAAUGUCGCUCAUCCAAAAUAACAAAGGAGGACGAUGGAGAUACUGACUCUGAUGAUAAAGAGUAUGAAGAGUGGAAAAGACGAAUACUUGAAUCUGCAGCCAAGGCCAUGCAGUCCCGAGACAAGAAAAAUACAGACAAGGAUAAUUCUUAGUCAGGAGCCCAUUCAGUAAUGGGCUUCCUGCUCUUAGUGUUGUUUUUUUUGCUGACCGUGUUGUCCUAACAGAAUGUAUAAAGUAUAAUA